AUGAAGGGCGGUGGUAUCGAGAACCCGGCGUUCGACACACCCUCCUCCGACUUCGGCCAGCGGUACCACGCGGGGCCCGCCGGGGCAGGGGCAGGCGCCGGCGCUGCGGCCCCCGCCGGGCCCGGCCCUUGCCCCGAGGAGGGGCCAUGCGGGUGGGGUCCCUGCGCCCCCAGAGCUCUGCAGUUCUGCAACAAUUCUGAGGGGUACUUGGUUGCUUAUAGCCUGUUGGCCAUCUUCCAAGGUAUUGUGGUAAAUGGCCUGAUUAACAUUAGUAUUUCAACAAUUGAGAAGCGUUAUGAGUUGAACAGUUCCCUCACUGGUUUAAUCUCUGCAAGCUAUGAUAUUGCUUUUUGUUUAUUGUCACUGUUUGUGUCUUACUUGGGAGAAAGAGGGCACAAACCACGAUGGCUUGCUUUCUCAGCAUUUAUGCUAGGACUGGGCUCACUUGUAUUUUCUUUACCACACUUCAGCAGUGGAAAAUACCAAUAUGGAGGUAAAAUUGAAGACACAUGUCAAACUGCAGAAACCACCUUUGCUAAUGCCACUUGCAGUGCCAGCACAAACUCUCCACUUCGCAAGUAUCUGUACGUCUUUAUCCUCGGACAGCUGCUGCUGGGAGUUGGAGGAACUCCUCUAUAUACUUUGGGGACAUCUUUUAUUGAUGAUAGUGUCCCAAAACAUAAGUCUUCCCUUUACAUAGGAGUUGGCUAUGCCAUGUCUCUGCUGGGUCCUGCUAUUGGCUAUGUCUUAGGAGGGCAGCUGCUUCAAGUUUAUAUUGAUAUCCAGAUCCCAAAAAGUACAAAGGUGGAUCAAGAUGACCCACGUUGGCUUGGAGCAUGGUGGAUAGGAUUUCUUGCAUGCUUUUUUGCAAUUUGGCUUCUUAUAAUACCUUUUUCAUGCUUUCCAAAGCACCUACCAGGAACUGCAAAAAUUCAGGCUGAAAAAAUCCCUGAAACUCAUGAUGGUGGAGGUCAAAUACUGGUUGAGACCAACGAUAUUGGACAAAGUUUUAAGGACUUUCCUGUGGCUCUCCUGAUACUCUUGAGGAAUCCAGUGCUCAUGAGUCUAAUAGUAGCCAGCUCCUCAGAAGCUUUAGUUGCCACUGGAUUUGCCACAUUUCUACCGAAGUUUAUAGAAAAUCAGUUUGGAAAGUCGUCAAGUUUUUCAGCAACUCUUGGAGGACUUGUACUAAUUCCAGGAGCAGCGCUAGGCCAAGUCAUAAGUGGUGUCUUGGUUUCCAAGCGCAAAAUGGAUUGCAAAGGCAUAAUCAAGUUCAUGAUAGGCACCUGUUCAGUGGCCUUAAUAUUAAACACAGUGUUUUUAUUUGCUAAAUGUGGGAAUGAACCUUUUGCAGGUGUCUCUGAAACAUAUAAUGGAAGAACAGGCACUCUAGAUAACUUAACAGCACCAUGCAAUGCGAACUGCAGGUGUUUGCGCUCCGUAUACUACCCAGUUUGUGGCAGUGAUGAAGUCCAGUACUUUUCUCCCUGUUUUGCAGGAUGUACUACAUAUCUUUUUAACAACAUGAAAAAGACGUACCACAACUGUUCCUGUAUUGGGAAAUCAAAAAGAGGAAAUGGUUUAGAAGACUUUCUCUAUGAAGCUGUUCCUGGCAAAUGCCCAACACAAUGCAAAGUUUUACCUUUAUUCCUGACCUUCUUCUUUUUUGCUGUUGUUUUUACAUUUAUGGCUACUACUCCAACAACCGUGGCCAUUCUCAGGUGUGUGCCAGAUAAACAGCGCUCAUUUGCUCUUGGAGUACAGUUACUGUUUCUGCGACUAUUGGGUACUAUUCCUGGACCAAUUUUGUUUGGUGUUGCUAUAGACAACAGUUGUACUCUGUGGGAUAUUGAUGAAUGCGAAACUAAAGGAGCUUGCUGGAUAUAUGACAAUGAAAGAAUGGCUUAUUUGCUCAUGGGCAUAAGUGCUGCAUGCAAAAUCGUCACAAUCAUCUUUGUGGUCAUGGCAGUGUAUUUCUACAAGCCUCCACCAUUAACUAAAGCCCUGCGACAAAAGACUUCAGAAAAGAUAUCUGCUAUACACACAUAAAUUAUGAGCAAAUCAGGGACUUCUGAAAGAAAACUGUAAAAAUAAGCAUUAUUACAACACUUGUACCAAAGUUCUUGUACACCAUUGCCUAAAUAUAAAAGAUCAUAUUCAACAUUUGAAGAACUUGAAAUAUUUUGA